GCCAUCUAAAGUUUGUUAACCUCAAAACAUGGAUGCUAUCUGAGUCGCCGUCCAAGAUCCAAUCAACAACAGAUCGAUCAACAUUACACCAUUAAAUAGCUCAUAAGAGGACCUGAUGAAUCCUGCAUAUCAAGUCAACUUGCCGCCAGGGUACCCUCCAAAUGGAUUGCCAGCCCAUACAAGCAGUGUACCCCUACCGGGUGUCAUGCCUCCCCUGGCUUACACCCAUGGACUGUAUUCACCCGUCAGCCCCACCCUCACUGCACCAGGCUCGCUCACAGGUGCCAAUGGACCUGGAGCAGCCAGUGGCGGUCUACUCUAUGAAAGCAAUGCAUCGCCGUUGAUGCGACCAUACGGAAAAGGAAGUCCAUAUGUAGUGCCAGCGACCCACGCCUCCUACCCUACGGGAUUGAAUUCAUCUCCUGCCCAUACUCAGUCGGCUUAUUCACAUUCACUCUCACAGCAAACCAGCGGUGGUACGUUAUAUAGCGCACAGUCGGCCUAUCCACCGGGUCUGAUACCAGGACUAGCCCCACCUGCUAACCUACUCCAAGCUCAACAACAACACCAACAACAGAGGCAACUCUAUCUACAGAGUGGCUCACAGGCCGCCAUGAACCCUGCACUCGGCUUGAACCCAGCAGCCUUAGGUGCUCGUCCCUCCCCCGUUCACGCCAUCCCAGUCAACCCGGGCCAAAACUACCAGUACGCCAUGAUGGCCGCCCCGCCCGCUGGUACCAUCUACCCCACCUCCCCUACUUAUUACCCCUCCUACACUCCAGUCUACCAGAACAACGGGGUGAUACAAUAGGAUCGGAAGGGCAACCAGAAGGACCAAUGUGGAAGUAAGGGGCAUGAGUGGAAGAGGCAUUGGUACCUAUGUAGAGGGUGAUAGAGAAUGGGAGAAAGAGAGGAAGAGAGCGUGAGAGAGAGAGAGUGAGAUUAUUUAUAAGAGUGAAUUUAUUAAUGUGUCGGAGAGUGAGGGACUUAGAGGAGAGAAUGAGUGAGUGAUUGCUAAUUUUGUCUCAUUCACUUUGGUUUUCAAGGCUAUUUUAAUACCGAUGAGCAUCAUGAAUGUCAUUUGAUAAACAUUGUCAUUGGGUGAUUUCAACUAGGGUGUUAGUAUCAGUUAGGUGUUGGUGUUAGUGUAAAGAGCUCAAAUCAGUCUGCUAAAUCUACAUGUAGGUUCAAUACCAUAGCCAUUCAUGUUACUGAUAAAUAAACACUGUGUAAUAUCAGAACCAGCUCUUACCGUAUUUGAAGUAUGUUGUAGGUGUUAAAGUGUUUAAAGUACAGUCAUAUUACCUAUCAUGUUAUGAUAUUGACACUAUCACAUCAAUUUAGAAGCAGUAUCAUUUUAAGUAGGGUGUUGGUGUCGGUGCUUGAAGCAUAGAUCAUUGAAUCACGCUACUAAACUUAGGCUAAACACAAAACAUGAGAAUCAGAAAUUAAAGCAAUCACAAUACUGACACCAACAGUGAACACCAGCCUCAUUUCACAUGUAGUGUUGCAGCUGGUGCUAAUAUUGUCCGAACACCAACACCAGCCUUUAACACCAAACCUGAAAUCACCCGUGUUUCACCAAGGAAGUGCCAGAUAGGUUUCUCCUCCCCCCACCCCCCCCCCCCCCCAAAAAAAAAAAGGUUAAAAAAAAGGAAAACGAAAAAAAAAAUUACCUGUAAAUCUGUAAAUCAUAGAUUUGGACAUACACAUAUGUUAAUUUAAUAGUUUUGAGUUAUUAAAGUGAUUCUCACAAUAGACAAUAAGUGCAUGUACCAUUAUGAAAGCAAUGGCAUAUAUUACCCAUUGCAGAUUGCAGAUUACCAUGUGUAUUAUCAAGCAACGAGCAGAUUACAGUACAUGUGAUUGCAUGUAUGUUUGAAGCUUUUUCAUCCAAGCUAGGUUUCUCUCCAAGAGUCGCCGAAGAGCACCAAAUAGUACACCAAACAGAGAGAUCAGUUUGAUUUUUGUAUGUUCAAGACUUUGUUCAUUAUUAUUAAUGAUAGAUAUUACUAAAGGUGAUCAUGAAAUCAAACCAUUGUCCAUGAUUAGCAGAUGGUUGGUGUAUAUGGCCUUUGGUAUCACUACAUGAUGCAUGCAUUUUCUUUCAUACUACGAGUUAUAUCAUACAUGAACCUGUAUAUCUAAGUGAAGAGGUCAUUGUUCGUAUAAUCCUACAGGAAUCGGAUAUGGUAGUCAUUGGUUUAAUAAAGUGUACAGAACAUGAAUGGGGAGCAAGCAAGGUACUGUCCUGAAUUGUGGGUGAAAAAAAUUCAGGGUAAAGUCGAGCAAUGAUCAAAGUGUAUUUCCAAUGCAAUAGUUUUAAUGUAUCAUAAAUGGUAUUCCUAUACAAGCCAUACUGAAAAUAUGGAAAUGAUGAAGGCUUUUUUUUGCAGCACUGUGAUUCUUUGUGCAAAAAUUAAGCAAUGUUAAAUGUUUAGUUCACUUUGAUCAAAACACAGAUAUCCUACAUGUAGAUUGAAAAUGUAAUACUGUGUUUAUCUCAGCUAGGUGUAAAAUUCACUCCCAUAUUUUUUUUUUACUAUUGGAUUGAUAUUAAAUGUCGUAUACCUACAUAAUCAGUAUUGAAUUAACUUUUUGAGCAAUACUAACAUCAUUUUGGGGGUUAAAAAUCAAAAUUUGCUAUAAAACUGUUUCGAACAGUUGGUGUCCCAUAUCAAGUUGUCCAUAAAAAUAUACUGUUCAGCCAAGAUACGGACAGCAAUCAUAGCUAGUACUAUUCUUUGUGGUCAAUCACAUUUGUAGAAAUAUUGUUCUCUCUGAAAUGGUUAUAACCAUUUUUGUUUGUACUUUUGUAAGAGCUUCAAGGAUAAAACAAAAUCAUUAAUUCAUUUGAGAUGAGAGAUUUUCUUAAAUUGAAACGUUCACCUUUGUACAUAAUCAGUAAGAUGUACUCUCUUAAUAUCAUUGAGUAUUAUUUCAUUAUGUUUUCAUUAUUCUUUCUCAAGAACAUGUACCUACUUUUAGCUAUUCAGUUAUUACUGUUUUACAAACAUUCUUUACUGCCCCGAGAUUAUUGAGGUUACCAAUAUUUGAACUAUCCUGUGUGUUUAUUGAACAACUCUUUUAUUUUACUAAAGCGUAAACUAAGAGUUCCACAUAUUAAAACAGUUUAUUAAAGAAGUAAAAUGGUUUAGCCCAACUGGGUGCAGUCUCAUUGGUCUAACUCUGGGGAAGCAUUGCAUAGGGGCUUGGGGUGAAAUAGCCCCCAAAAUGCCCCCAAGAGCCCUGAAAGACUAAAAAAGAAUCCUUGAUAUUUCCUGAGGGUCUAAUCUAAGCUACUAUAAUAUAGCAAAUUAUGGCUUGUGAGCUAAACAGUUAGCUACAGAACAAAAUUGUUAAUUUUUUCAGGGUCUUUUUAUCAGUAAAGGCUAAUUCCAUGUUGUCUAGAUGUAAUUUGUUGACAAAUAGUUUUGUCUAAAUACCAUUUCAUUUAUAUGUUUAUUUGGCCUAAUAACCAGUUUGUCUGACACCCAGUUCGGCUAACCCCCUCUAGUCCAAAGUACAAGUACUUGGGCUAAUUUUCCCUUCAGCUAUCAAAGAAUCGGUAAUUAGACCAAGUAUUAAAUAACAAUAAUACUUAUUUCCUACUGGCAUUUGACCAAGUGCCAGCUAGACAAAUUAAUUUUCUUUCCCAAUAACAAUAUUUAUAUAAAUAAAAUAUCUAGAAUUUGUGAUUUAUCAAUACUGUAACUUAUAAAGUACAUUGUAAGCUUUUUAAGGUGUUUUUGCUGCUCUUUAUGGGGAUGGUUGCUAGAAGUAUUAUUAUUUUCAAUGUAUUUGCAGUACUGUUGAAGUAUUUUUGGAAGGGGUUGAAAAACUAGUUGUUCUUCGGAGGGAUGAAUACGGCAUUCCCUGUUUAAACGCCCUCUAUCAAAAUGAGAAAAACUCUAUAAUAAUAUGUUGAGAUUUUAUUAAGCCUUCAUAGCUGAUUUUGAAGGUAGCUUUAAUAGUAAACUUUGAUACAGUACUGCAUGUAUAGGUUAUUGCAAUAAGCAAAUGUCCAUCGUACAAAUAUACUGAGCACAUGUAAUUUACAUAGAUUUUUAACCAGUGGAUUUUUACACAGGAAGCGUGGAUGGAUUUCCGAGACUAGAUGAUGAUACAUGUAGGUGUAACAGUGGUCAUUGCAAAGAAUUUAUGACAUACUUACAGGGGCUCACACCUGGGCCCGUAAACACGAAGGUUCACGAUUAAUCGCUAAUGUGAAAGAACAAUUCUGAUUGGUUCCUAGUCAGUCUGCUGGGCAAAGUGCGCAUGCAACGAUCAUCUUGAUAGGCCAUUUUAUUUAGCGACUAAUCGCUAGCCUUAAUGUUAUGCAGCCCUGGAUAUUUAAGCCAGUUUACACUGAGACAGGCUGUGUAUGGCAAGCUAUUUUAACACUAAAUCUUAUUUCUUGACAUUAAUCAUUAAUUCUUGAUGUCGAAAAUCAUGUUUUUAUCAUGUUAAUACAACCAUUUAGUGUCGUAAACAAAUGGCAGUUUGGGGUAUCAAUAUUAUCAAGACUUAUAUAUUGUGGAUAUCAAGAUAUAAGAUAAUGUGAUAUAAUGGCUUGCCUGACAUAUGUCGGUAUAUGCUGGCUGAAACAUUGAAGUGUGGCUGCCCUUUAAACAGAGAACUACCUUUACGCCAUCAGAAUCUGCAUGUAUUUAGAAUUUUUAUAUACGGCAUAAUAAUGGUGUAGAUACAUGUAUGGUUACUAGUAUUAUGAUGUCAUCAAUAAUUAAUUUCAAAGAUCAAAACAGUUUGAUUAAACUCAUCUGCAACAAA